AUGGGAAACUGUAGCAUGAGAUCUGACGAUUACGAUCCAGCAGUCUACUUAAAUUCUCACCAAUUCGAGUUCCAUUAUUUAAUUGGCAGAGGAGGUUUUAGCAGAGUCUGGAGUGUUACUCACAAAAACACAAAGCAAAGUUACGCUUUAAAAGAAAUUUUAAAAUCAAGAGUCAUCGCAAAAAGGCAUGUUCACUCUGUAAUUAAUGAAAAAAGGCUUCUCAGCAUUUUAAAACACCCUUUUAUCGUUAAUAUGCAUCAUGCAUUUCAGGAUCGUGACUAUCUUUACCUUACAAUAGACUUGAAAACAGGAGGGGAUUUACGGUAUCAUUUCCAGAAACAUACUUUUACUGAGGAAGAUACCAAAUUUUUGACUUCCUGCAUAAUUCUUGCAUUAGAAUAUUUACAUUCAAAUAAAAUUAUUCAUAGAGAUUUAAAGCCAGAAAAUUUAAUAUUUGAUGGAGAAGGAUAUAUGCAUAUAACAGAUUUCGGUAUAGCCAGGGCUUGGGUAGAAGACAAUUCGCAUGAAGUAUCAGGAACUCCUGGAUAUAUGGCUCCUGAAGUUCUUUGUAAACAAAAUCAUACAUAUGCUGUAGAUUGGUAUGCAUUAGGUGUGAUAUUAUAUGAAAUUAUUACUGGGCUAAGACCUUAUUUGGGAGAAAACAGAAGUAAAAUAAGAGAACAGAUAUUAGAUAGACAAGUCCAGUUAAAAGCAAACAAUUUAAUAGGCGAAUGGUCAGAGGAAUGUGUGGAUUUUGUAAAUCAAUUGAUACAGAGAAGACCUCAAAAUAGACUUGGAUUUAAUGGAAUCAAUGAAGUGAAAAAUCAUCCGUGGGUAAGAAAUGUGGAAUGGGAUAAAUUGUUCAGAAAAGAAAUCAAGCCGAGUUUUAAACCUCCAAAAGCAAAAAAUUUCAAUCAAAAGUAUGUGAAUGAAGAUUGGAAAGAUGGAAUUAUCACAAAUAGUGAUUUUAGCCAGGAAAUAUUUCUGGGCUACUUUUAUAAUGAAAUGCCAACAAAUAAUAAAGAUGAUCCAAACUAUCGUAAGUGCCAAAGUGAAGGGAAAAAAUAUUUGCGCCAGACUUUGAAUAAAAAGCAGGUAUCUUAA